AUGCCAGUCAGCCAUCAUUCUCACUCAGGCCAGUUCUGCAAGCACGCAGUUGGAACCCUCGAAGAUGUCAUCCUUCAAGCGAUCGCCCAAGGCUUCGUGGUCUACGGGCUGACCGAGCACGUCCCGCGCUAUCGCGCAGACGAUCUCUACCCCGAGGAGUCCGACCUCACCCUUGAUGCUCUCGCCGGUCAAUUCGAGGCCUUCUUGACCGAAGCACAUCGUCUGAAGGCCAAGUAUGCGGACAAAAUCAAUCUACUUGUCGGUCUCGAAACCGAGUCCAUCACUGAACUCGAUCUCUCCGGCCUCGCAUCCCUCCUCGCCCAACACACCGACCAGAUCGAGUACAUCGUCGGCUCCGUCCACCACGUCGCCGGGAUCCCCAUCGACUUCGACCAGCCGACGUUCGCCAGCGCCCUCACCAGCUUCGCCCCGGACCCUUCUUCCCCUGCCGAGCCGGCCACGACGUCCGCCUUCCUCUGCGCGUACCUCGACGCCCAGCACGACCUCUUGCGCCGCUUCCACCCCGAGGUCGUCGGCCAUCUCGAUCUCUGCCGACUGUACACCCCCGUGCUCCGCUUCGCGGACUUCCCCGCCGCCUUGGAGCGCGUGCGCCGCAACGUCGCCUUCGCAGUCUCGUACGGCGCGCUGUUCGAGCUCAACGCGGCUGCGUUCCGCAAGGGGUGGGACGCGGCGUACCCCGCUCCAGACGUCGUCGAGAUCGUGCUCGGCGCGGGUGGGCGAUUCACCCUGUCCGACGACAGCCACGGGCCCCAUGCGGUCGGCCUGAAUUACCACAAGUUGUUGGAAUAUGCGCGCCGCGAGGGCAUCGGGGAGCUCUGGACGUUGGAGGCUUGCGGUGAAAGGAAUGCGGAGGGCGGCUGA